AUGGGCUCUGUAAUUACUCAGACGCCUGUCCGGCCUGUGCCGGGUAUUUGGCCUCAGACUCCUGCCGCGCGCCCUCCGGCAAUACCUGCGCCCUCCUUCCAGUCUCCCGCGACCGCCUCUCGCCCUGCCCUCGCACCAUCUCAGCCUUCGACAAGCCUCAUCACCGCAAAUCCCUCCGAUAUGCCCGUCCAAGCGUCGAUGCGCCCGCCCGAGGCGCUGGAACCCGUUGAAAGAGCUGCGCGCACAAUCAACGAAUCUCUUGCAAGUGAAUCGCGAUUCCCAGAGGUCGACAAUUACCUGUCUCAGGGUUACUCUGCCGAUUAUGACAUCCAGUCUUCGACCACAUGGGCGCCAUUUCAGAGAGCCGGCUUCUACAGGAUUCCCGAUGAGAUAUUCGAGCAGUAUAAUAAUGCGCAGUUGACCACGAGUAUGGGGCUGUUUGCGGAGUUGAAAUAUGCAUGGGCAACAAUCGACAACGCUUUGUACAUGUGGGACUAUUCUGCACCAAGGCCCGAGCUACUGGGGUUUGAGGGUCAGUCGCAUAGCAUCCUUGCUGUUAAGCUCGCCGUCCCUCGUCCUGGAGUCUUUCUGCCGAACAUCAGACACGUCAUUGUCAUUGCAACGACUGCAGACAUAUUCCUGCUGGGACUCGGGACGGAAUCGGGUCCAGGCGGCUCAGCUGCUCUAUCUCUCUUCCAAACUGGUAUGUCGGUCUCUGUAAGAGGUCUCGACGUUAGCGUCAUCGCUUCCUCUGCAAAAACCGGGAGGAUUUUCUUUGGUGGCCGGACGGACAAUGAUAUAUACGAGCUCACAUAUCAGCAAGAGGAUCGGUGGUUUGCAAGUAAGUGUGCGAAGAUUUGUCACACUAGUGGUGCUGCCAAAUCUUUGACAUGGACGUUCAGCAGCUUUGCCCACGGACAGAGGGAGCAUGUGGAACAGAUCGUGGUGGAUGACAGUAGGGACCUGCUAUACACGCUCUCUUCCGCCUCGAAUAUUCGCGUAUUCCACAUCAAGCCGGAAGGGGGCCUACCUCUGUUGGUCACAAAACCCGCAUCCGAGAUCUACGAUAACAUUGGCCAUAUCAUCAACCAGAGCGAGUCCCUGAACAGCCGAGUCAAGAUUGUGUCCAUAUCAGCUCUUCCAGCCUCUGAAGCCUCAAGAUAUCACCUGGUAGCUGUUACGGCAAGUGGGUAUCGAAUAUACCUCAGUGCCAAAAGCGCCACCAGCUAUAGCUACGGGUCUUCAGCUAGGGCCGGUGCGCCUAUCAGUGUACAGGCGCAACAUGUCAAAGUACCGCCAGUAACCCCCAAUCCUGGUCAUUCGAGCACAUGGGGAACGGAUUCAGCCAGUGACGUCCAUCAACCCAUCAAGACGUUGACAACGACCCGCCUCGCUGCGCGGUACCCGCCGGGUUUUUUCUUUUGCUUCACAGCCAGGGACGCCAAUUCACCUACCGAUCAAUUGUUCAUUUCAGCCCCCGACGCCGGAAGACUACUGAGGAGCUCCGAACCUGGCCAGACGAGUCGAACUUCUGAAUCUGCAAUAUGGCUCUCACUGGGCAGUCGCGCGGAGGACAUUGGGUUGGUGACCCCAUACUCUGCUCCGAUCUCCAAUCCAAUCGGCUACGGGAACGACUUGGCUGUCCAAUUCGACAAGCCCAUUCCAGAAAUUGCCAUCUUGACGAAUACGGGCAUCCACAUCAUCCGAAGACGCCGCUUGGUGGACAUUUUUGCAGCUCUAAGCAGUCAGGGUGGUGGCCCCGAAGGCUUUCAGCACGAGGUCAGCAACCUGAUCCGGGCGUAUGGUAGGACGGAGACGCUGGCCACAGCACUUGCGGUCGCCUGUGGUCAGGGAGUUGAAGACACAGGCAGUGCUCAAUCGGUACGGGUUAAUGACCCAGAAGUCCUCGAGCUUGCUCGCAAGACCUUCAUCGAGUAUGGUGGCAAGCCAAGCAUCAAUCAGAACUCAAUCACGGACAGGUCUGUCCCCUUGAUCGAUGCUGUACGACCAUCGCCGCGCCAUGCGGCCAUUGCUUUGUACCUUUCACGCUUAUUGAGGUCGACGUGGAAGAACAUAAUUGCUGUGGAGUCAACUACACCGGCCGGCUUCCAGAUCAAUCCUGCUGUGCCUCUCAAAAAGCUACGGGACGUUCAAGAAUCGUUAUCUGCGCUUCAGCGCUUCUUCCAAACGAACAAGAGUUUCAUCAAAGGUCUCAGCGGGCCUGAUGAUCUUUCGGCGACCAGCACCAAGGACGACGAGAUCGCUCUGCAAGGGGAACACCGUGCCUUGCAUUCGUUGGUCAAGUUUACAUCGGACACCAUUGAAGGUCUCUCGUUUAUUCUGGUCUUAUUCGAAGAGAAGGUGGCGGAGAUAGUACCCCUGCUGCCGGAGGUCUCUAGACCGGAGAUGCUGAGGCUUACUUUUGAGGAGCUUUUCACGACGAAGAAAGGCUACGAACUUGCAAAAGAGCUCGUCAAAGCCAUUGUGAACCGCAACAUUGCCAAGGGGUCCAACGUGGAGACGGUGGCUGAAGCACUGCGCAGAAAAUGUGGCAGCUUCUGCAGUGCAGACGAUGUGGUGAUAUUCAAAGCACAAGAACAACUCAGACGAGCGGCUGAAGCAGGGGCCAACAAUGACUCUUCCCGGAAUCUUCUUAAUGAAAGCUUGAAGCUUUUCGAAAAGGUGGCUCACGGCCUGCCCCAUGACUACCUGGAAUCGGCCGUGAAACAAUACACGGAUCUGCAGUUCUUCGCUGGAGCCAUCCAACUUGUGCUUCGAGUGGCUCAUGAAAAGGAUAAGGCGAACGAAGCAUUAUCCUGGAUGGCGGAAGGUCGACCGGAGCCAGAUCCUCGGAAAGCAAAGUUUGAUCUCAGAAGUCAGUGCUACGACCUAAUACAUGCGGUUAUUGUCGCCGUGGAUAGGACGACAGAGCAAGGUCCGAGUUUUGUGGAUGGUCACCCAACGCUGGCCGCCACCAGGCGGAACGAAGCAUACGAUGUCAUCAGCCGGUCCAAAGAUGAGGCUUUUUUGACGAAUCUGUACGAUUGGUAUCUCCAGCAGGGAUGGUACGAUCGCCUGCUCGCGACCGAGUCUCCGUUUAUAGUGACUUACCUUCAACGCAAGUCAAGUGAGGACAUUCUUUACGCGGACCUGCUCUGGAAAUACUACAGCCAGACGAAUCAGUUCUCCGAGGCCGCCAAGAUCCAAUUGCAACUUGCCAGAAGUUCGUUUCCACUUUCACUCGAGAAGAGAAUCGAGUAUCUGAGCAGAGCCAGAGCCAAUGCCUCCACUUACACUCCAGGAGGCAGCCGCAAGACGAAACAGCAGAUACUGCAAGAAAUCACCGAACUCCUCGACAUUGCGACCAUCCAAGAUGAAGUUCUCCAGCGGUUGCGUGACGACUACCGACUGGGGCCCGAUCGGAGACAAGAAGUCCUCGAUCAAGUCAAUGGACAGAUCUUGGACAUUAACACGCUGUUCAACAACUACGCGGACAACGCUGGGUACUACGACCUUUGUCUCUUGAUCUACCAAGUUGCGGAUCACCGGGAUCCAGCCCAGAUCAAGCAGACCUGGCAACAGCUCCUCCAGUCGGUGCAUGACAAAGUCCAGGAAGAAGAGCAGAUCGAACCCUUUGAAGCCAUUGCCGACGAAGUCAGGAGUCUGGGCAGCAAAUUGCGUGUCUCGGAGACGACAUUUCCGGUUCAGACCUUGCUGCCUAUCCUGGAGAAAUAUUCUUUCGAACACCAGCGCACCGUGGCGCCUUCACACUGGGUCGUUGACAUCUUUUUGUCCUUGGAGAUCCCAUGUGAACGGCUUUUUGAGAUCUUGGAGAUGAUGUUUUUCUCCGGGGAUCCUCCGUUUGUGGGAUCGAAUCGAAAGUACAUUGCCUCGGAGUUGGUUUAUGUGGUUGGGAGAUGGUUCCACGAUUCCACAAGAGCAGGGUCUGUGAUUUUCGGGAGCGAAGUGGCGGCGACCAAGGUGCAAGAGACGAUGCAGGCCUUGUUGCAGCAUGGCAGAGCGGCAGGGCUGGACGAAGAUACAACGAGGGUGGCCAGGGAGGUUGUCGAGAGGAUCGGGCGACUUUUGGGGUGA